AUGAAAAACAACAAGGCCACGGAAAACUAUUACCUGAAGGGACCCCCAUGCAACCAUGCCAACAAUGCGCUAAACAAAUGCACAAGCUACUUCGACUUAAGUCAAAUUAAACAGUUAUACGCCCCCCAAAGUGCCAAUGGGUAUGAACAAAUUUUUUCCCUCCCUCGUAAAGCCAAGAAGACAGGAAGAAAAAGUAAAAAAGAAACAUCCAACACGAAGGGUGCCAUUCAUUCAUUCCACAGUGACCAGUACCAAAAUGACACGAAAAGAACAGUGCCUGUAGAUAUGAGGCAAAGGAAAAAAAUGAAAUUUAACGCGCCAAAUGUAGAUCCCCACUUUUUUUACAGCAAUUCCUUUGACCAAACGCCCAGAAAGCACUUUUCAUUUAACCACACGGAUCCGCAAAAUGACGAAUCCCCAAAAGUCUACAAUCCUAGUGGCAGUGUUAAUAAACGUGUUAACAAAAGGACCACUAGCAGAGACGGUUCAUUAAACAAAUACGAUUUUAUUAGAUUUGUUUGUUCACCAACCAAAAAAAGUGUCGAUAAUAGAAGCGCAACGUGUGAUAGUCAAAUAUGCAGCCCGCCGAAAAAUUGCACCACCACAAAUGACGCUUCGAAAAAUGCCCCCCAAACAGUCGUAAACAACUACACCAAAUGGGACAAAUUUUUUGACCCAAAAGGAGACCCACAGAAUGCCCUCAAAGGAGGCACAAAAUAUGCCCAAAAUGUUACCCAAAACAAUGACGCAAAGUGUGCUACUUUUUUUGUAAGAAAGAGUUACCCGCAAAAUGCCCCCAAAACGGACCCACAAAAUGAGUCAAUUUUUGAUCCCAAAGGAGGUGCAAAGUGUGUCGAACGGGUUGGCACAAACGAGACUACUAACGAUGACACAGGGGAAGACCCCCAAAGUGGCAUAAAUAACUACCCCCAAAGUGGCGAAAGUGAGCAAGAAAGAACCCCCCAAAACGGGGCGCAGAACAAUGGACUGAUCGACCUGGAUAGUCACGACUCCAUCGACCGACUUAGUAGAAACUUUUUCAUAAACAACAAGAAGAUUUUCAUUUCGCACUUUCAAAAAGGCGCAGAUGCACAAACCAAACGUGUCAGCAGUCAUUCACACAACAAUGGUGGGAACGUUCCUCUCCGUUACGAUGCCCCACAGGGGGGAUGGAACAAAGGAAAAAAUGAACACAACAAAUGGCGGGAAAAUGAUGAAGAGGUAACCCCAGGUGGUGAAUCCUUCCACUGGGGCCAUUUUGCAAAAGUGAAUUCCCCCCAUUGUGAAGACUAUGUUCACAGCGAGGAGGAAAACUGUCGAAAGGAAAACUGCAUCGGAGGGAAUUACCACGCAGGGGAAGACGAACGUGACGAUGACGAUCACCAUAAUAACGAUACGCGCUACUCCGACGAAGAGCCAACUAACCGUAGCAACUUCCUACCAGACAUGAACUCCUUUGUGCGCAAAAACUGCAACGUGACAAAAUCGCUAUACAGCCAUUUGGACGUGCCCUACAACGGCAGCAAGGAAGAAAUUAAAAAGUCGUACAAGGAAAAAAUAAAGGUACACCAUCCAGACAAAGGAGGAAGCAUAAACAAGUUUCUUCAACUGAAACUCUCCUAUGAUAUCCUAACAAACGAUAAAAAAAGAAAAAUGUAUGACAAGUAUGGACACAGCAUAUUAGAAUUAUUAGUAAGCGAAAAAUUUCAAAAUUAUGAAAUAUCAUCAUCGGAUGAAGAAAAUAAAGAAAACGAAAUUAUCGAUGAGGAAAACGUAAAGAUGUAUGACUUUUUUGUUCAAAAAUAUAACAACACAUCGUACUUACACAACUUGGGUGAUUUAAAAAUGGAUAGCAAUCAGUAUAACGAAUUUCAGAAAUUAAUUUUCCAUUUUUUUCAGCAUGAAAAUCCCAUGUUUAAGAACACCUUCCAUUUAUUCCCAGCGUACUCUCCGUCUGUUCCUCCGUAUAGGAAAAAAAAAACAGACAAACGGAGAACAGGUAAAAUAGGGGCAGUUGAAAAGGAGGCUAAUGAAAAACAGGCAGAUAAGAAAAGAAUCCCCCAUUUGGAAUUAUCAGGCAGCUUGGACAACUCCCCUGACCGUUUUAUCCCAACGAAGGAGCUCCUCAGUUCUGCAGAAAGUUCCCAAUCUCGAAAUGAUGAUUCCCCUUCAAAUUACAGCACAACAAAGGAAUGCUCAAUUUACGAUGUACUAAGCGUAGAACAUGUCACUAACCUGUUUAACGAGCUGGACGAUGACUUUAAAUGCUUUUACAAAAAAUGCAUCGUUAACAAAAUAGAGCAAUCAGAACUGGCUAACAAGUCCAAGUAUGGCAAAAAAGGGAUGACAAAAAUCGUGAACUCAGGGAAUCAUCAUGACGUGGAGGGGAAGAACAACCCCGAUGAUGCCUCCACCCCCGUGAAGCAACCUACACACCACCCCUUCGAAAAGUCCCCCUACGAUGAAGACGCCGCCACUCCCCUAGCGCAGUGCGAAUUAUCCCAGGAAAAACACACCUCCAACCAUUGCAACAGAAACGAAACCGCCCACCACACCUUCGGGGAUAUUCAGACCUCCCCAAUUGCGUACAAAAUUAUAAACGAAAAUAAUGAGACGCACAUAGCCGAGUUUUACAGGUGGUUUGAGUUAUUUUUCAACCACCACGAGGGGGCGGAAGAAGCGGCCAAUGAAGUGCCCAACCAUGCAACGCAAAGCGGAAUAGCCACACCGACCGCCGCUGCUCCCCCCAGGACACAAGAAGAAACACAUUCAACACAAACCAACGAAACGAACGCAGAAAUAAAUUCGGACCCAUUUAGAACGUUUCAAUAUUCUGCCGAGAAAUUCUCCUCCUUUGGGAAGAUGAUGCAUAGAAGUUGUGACACCCCGAAUGCGCAAGUAAAUAGGGAUGCCCAAAACGGGGGGAGCCCCUCUAAAUUUGCACAUGAUAAAUAUGGAAAAACACAACAUCGCGACGCCCGUGGAACCACCCUCUUGCAGACACACACAAACGCAACGCCAAGCAGCGCAAACGUCACUCCCCGGAGAAGUGAAAAAAAAAGCGCACACAAAAUAACCCCCCUACGUAGCAGCAUCACCAAAGGGGAAGAUAACAACAUGACAAUAAAUGUUGAAGAAAAAUAUGGCUUCAAUUUGCUGAAAAGAAGUGAACAAAAAAUUAAAGACAUAACACACGAUUUUAAUUACAUAUAUAUAGGAAGUGACUUGAUGAAAAAAAAUAAAUUUGUCCUUUUCGUAAAAGAAGAAAGUAUAAAAAAAUUUUUAAAAGUUAAAUUGCUCAUCGAGAAAAUUAAAAAAAAGUCAAACUUAAAACUCAUAUCCGUAUUCGAAAAGGAAAUAGAAAAGAACAUAAAACACAUGGAAUACAUUUUACUGCUGACAACACACAAAGAUGAAUUUCUCCCAUUGAACGAUUUCUACCUACUUGACAGAAAUAUUUUUACAAAAGACCAUUAUUGUAUACCCCUAUAUAUAAAAAAGAACAGCAUAAGUAGACCAACGCAUUUUCAUAUCCGGUGGAUUGUGUACACCUUACAGUCGCUCAUCCUUUUUAAUUUUUUUUUUAAAAAAGCGAAUAAGUAUAUGUGUGCCUUCCCCUUUUUUAAUUACAAGUAUAAUUUGGUGAAACAUUCUUUGGACCGGGAAGAAAAAAACAAUAGUAGUAUCCACCAUGAUGUAAAAAAUUUUUACAUUUUUUUCCAACAGUACAUCAUAAAAAAUAAGCCCCAAUAUUUAAAGUACUUUCCGCACUCCAUCAUUCUGCCCUUAAAAAAUGACGCAUCGCCAAACGACCAGAAUAAAAAACCCGUGUGCGUAAACAUGUCCUCCAUUUUGGUGCUGACGUCGAACAAGCCUAUACCAUGCACCGAAUGGUAG